AUGUCACACCUACGAGCAACUCCCAACAAAGAAACAACACUCGCUGCCUUCAGAUCAGAGUUUCAGUCGAUGAGACAUAUGCGUCGAGAAGAUGCCAUGAAAGCGCGGCGCGCUUUUAUCACGGACCCGAUUGAUAACAUCCCAGUGUUUGACACGACAAGGGAUGUUAUUCAAAUAUGUGACCAGUUACUUAGUGGCAAUCUAACUUUAAUAGAACCGCUUAGGAAAUGUCUUUGUGAGGACAGUGCGAUUUGCGACAUUUUGAUACAGAAGAAUGUGACACCAUUUUUGUUGCUACAAAUGAAGAACAACAAUGACUAUAAAAUAGCAAUGAAUGUCCUGAGGUACUUUGUCGACUUUACAGCAUUAAAUAAUGUAUGUGCGGAGGCUACUGUAGCUUCAGGGUUCAUCAAUGUAGUACCCAAUCUUGUUCAAUCGAAAGACAUUGGCCUGACUUAUUACACCUUUUUGGUUCUUUCUAAUUUGUGUUGCAACCCAUCGACUAAAUUGAAAGUGGCAGAGCUCAAUGUCUUACAAAUUGUGACAACCAUUCAAUCGAUGAUUUCAAACGAAUAUUUGAACGAAAUUAUGCUCUUUUUACUCAGAGAAUUGUGUAACACCAACCCUAUUUUAAACAAAGACUUCAUUCAACCAAUAACAGUGUUCUUCUUAUCUGUGCUCGAACACGUGACUGAGAACUUUAACACAGACUUCUUAUCAAACAUCCUUUCUGGCUUGAGUUAUAUCUCUGGAAGUAAGUUAUAUCAACUUGUUGACAACACUCGCUUCUUUAAAGUGAUAUUGCCUUACUGCAAAGAUGCAGAAGUUGCUACUCAUGCUCUGACAUUUGUUAAUAACAUUAUCGCAAAUGACGAGAAUGCUGUGUUGCUUUUAAUAAAUUUGGGACUGUUUGAGUAUUUAACAGAAGCUUUUGAUACAUUAGACAAAUACACUUACAUCUUGAAAGUGUUGUCUAAUUUAUCGACUUUCAGUCUCCCAGAAGUCCACAAAACACUGAUCUCAUCAUCUUUGAUUCCUCACGUCUUUGACCUUCUUCAAAAUGGAAGUCUGAAAGACAACUCUUUACUUGAAGCUCAUUGGACUAUUGCAAAUUAUGUCUACACCAAAGACGAAGAGUCUUUGGCUUUCAUUGUACAACAUUAUAAAGUGGUAGAGGUGUUGGCUAUAAUCAUUCAAACGUAUGUUGAUAGCGAUGCCAUGAAACGUUGUGUUGCAAUCGCUUUAAUGGCUCUCAUCAAUGUUUUGAAAUUCUCUGAAAAGGUCGACUUUGACCCAUUGUCCAUUCUCGACACUUUCUUCUUCGAAGACUUGCUCGAACAGUUGUCUUCCAAUUCAACUGAUCGAACUGUGCAAAAGAGGAGUCAAUAUAUUCUCGACCACUAUUAUAUCUAUGAGGACGAUGAGAUGUAA